AUGGCGGCGGCUCGAUUCAUACGUUUUUUUAGUCGUCGUCAAACAAAAAAUUCAGCAACAACAUUAAAUGAUGAAAAUAUUCAUUAUACAAAUUCAAAACUUCUUACAAAUUCAAAUGGAAAAAUUCACUCAGCUGGAAAGAAACAACAACAACAACAACAACAAUCAAUACCAAUAAAAAAUGGUCUUGUUUGUACUGUUGUAUUUCUUGAUGGUGAUGAUGUCAAUUUUGAAGUAGAUCGCAAAGCUGUUGGAAAAAGUCUCUAUGAUAAAGUUAUUGCUCAUACAAAAUUAGUUGAACCAGAUUAUUUUGGUUUACAAUUUACUGAUACACAUAAUGUUAAACAAUGGUUAGAUCCGACAAAAUCAUUAAAAAAACAAUGCAAGAUUGGACCACCGUAUACAUUUCGAUUUCGUGUUAAAUUUUAUACAUCCGAUCCACAAAAUCUUCAUGAUGAAUUAACAAGAUAUUUAUUUGUAUUACAACUUAAAGAUGAUAUUCGAACGGGUAAAUUAGAUUGUUCAUCUGGUCUAGAUAUUGAAUUGGCUGCAUUGACAGUGCAAGCUGAAUUGGGUGAUUAUACAAGUGAUGAACAUUCAGUUGAAACCAUAUCAGAAUUUCGUUUUUUACCUGAUGAUAGACAAACAGAAGAAUUUGAAGAACAUGUUUUACAAAAAUGGUCAACAUACAAGUAUAGAAUAUAUUUGAAUUUUAAUUUGAAAUUAAAAAAAUCAAUCUUUUUAUCUUAUUCCUAUAACAGAUGUUUAACACCCGCUGAUUGUGAAGUACAAUAUUUAAAUAAAGCACGAUGGUUAGAAAUGUAUGGUGUUGAUUUACAUACAGUAAUGGGUAAAGAUGGUUUAGAAUAUAAACUUGGUUUAACACCAACUGGUAUUCUUGUUUUUGAAAAUAAAAUAAAAAUUGGUUUAUUUGUUUGGUCAAAAGUAACACGAAUAGAUUUUAAUCGUAAUAAAUUAACAAUAGUUGUUGUUGAAGAUGAUGAUAAUGAUCCAACAUUACAACGUGAUUUUGUAUUUUUAUUUCGUUGUUAUGAUGAAAAACAAUGUAAACAUUUUUGGAAAUGUGCUAUGGAAUAUCAUAUUUUUUUUCGUACAACAACAGCAGCAAAAGUUAAACAAGGUGCAAGAUCAAAUUUUGCACGUACUGGUUCAAGAUUUCGAUUUAGUGGAAGAACUGAAUGUCAAGCAACAACAUUAGGAAAUUUAAAUCGUCGUAGUAUAAAUUUUGAACGUAAAGCAUCACAACGUUUUUCACGUCGUGCAUCAUAUGCAAUAAGAAAAAAAAUUCAAGAACAAGAAAUUUUACGUGAACAAGAAGAUGAACGUUUAAAAAAAUUAAAAUUUGAACAAGAAUCGAAAUUAGAUGAAACAAAAAAAACACCUGAAAAAAAUCAAGAUUCAGUAUCAAUUAAUAAACGUUCAUCAUCACAAAAAAAUUUAAAUCUAUCACCAACUCAACGUCUUGAUAAUCUUAUUCAAGCUUCUACGAAUGAUUUAGCACUUGAAGGCCUUCUUCGUCCGCCACCAAUUCCUCCUCGACAAGCAAAACCUGAUGAUAAACCAACAACAUCAUCAUCAUCACCAGCAUCAUUAAUCCUUGUUAAACCAUCAAAUUCAAUAAGUUCCUCUUCAAAUGAUAAUAACAAUAUCAAUACAACAAAAGAAUCGUCCAAAGAUAAUCAUGAACAACCAUUGUUAAUUCAAAUGUCACCACAAAAAACUUCUACUUUAUCAACCAAUUUAUCUAUUUCUUCACCUACUGACAAAGUGAACAGUCCACUUAAUCGAUAUACAUUAGCAAAUAGUCAAUCACCAUAUGUUCUCAAGCAAACUAGUAGAAUAUCUUUACAUGAAAAAUUUCCUAUUAUAUCUGACUUAAUAUCGUAUUCAUCAUAUGAUAAUAUAUUAAAUUAUUGUAUAAAUUCUAAAACAGAUUCAAAUCUAAUCUAUGCACAUAUAGAUUAUAAUUCUAAAGAAAAACAAUCUGAAAGUCGUUAUGCUAAUUAUGAUAAUUUAUCAUAUUUAACUAAAAAAAUUUCUAAGAAAGGAAAAAUUUCUUCAUGUAAAGAUUAUUUUGCUAAUACAAAAAAUAUUAUUUUUCAUGAGAAUAAUCCACGUAAGUUAUUUAAUAUUUGUCGUGGCAUGGAAUGA